UCCCCCCUGCCGCCGGGUCCCGAGCCCUGGGACUUGGCCACCUGCACGCCUCGCGGCGGACCCCCGGCUCUGCUUCCCCGCUCUCGGGCCGCGGGGGCUUCAGCACCGGGACGCGGUGCCGGGAGGGAGCCCGGCGGCGCCCAGACUCCCCGAAGCAUGGGCAAUGAGGCGAGCUUGGAAGGCGAGGGGCUCCCUGAAGGACUGGCGGCCGCGGCAGCCGCCGCGGCCGGAGGAGGGGCCGGCGGGGCGGGAAGCUCCGUGCACACCGCGAUCCCGGCCGGCAUGGAGGCGGAUCUGAGCCAGCUGAGCGAAGAGGAGCGGAGACAGAUCGCGGCUGUCAUGUCAAGGGCGCAGGGGCUGCCCAAGGGAAGCGCUCCCUCGGCCACUGCGGAGCCGCCCUCCUUGCACAGGAAACAAGAGUUGGAUAGCAGUCAUUCUCCUAAGCAACCUGGAAAACCACCUGAUUCGGGUCGUGCAGCUCAGCCUGGUCUAAGUAAGAGCAGAACUACAGACACUUUUCGGUCAGAGCAGAAGUUGCCUGGAAGGAGUCCUUCCACUAUUAGCUUAAAGGAAUCCAAGUCCAGAACUGAUUUUAAGGAAGAGCACAAGUCUAGUAUGAUGCCUAGCUUCCUUUCUGAGGUUAACCCUUUAAGUGCUGUCUCCUCUGUUGUAAAUAAAUUCAAUCCUUUUGAUUUGAUAUCAGACUCUGAUGCCUCCCAGGAAGAAACGACCAAGAAACAAAAAGCAGCCCCGAAAGAACAAGGAAAACCUGAAGGAAUCGCCAAGCCUACAUCGCAGCAAUCGCCCAAGCCAGCUCCUAAGCAGCAAGGACCUGUGAAAGCCCCCCUUCAGCAGGGUGUCUCCCAAAAAUCGGUACCUUCUCAGCAACCAGAAAAAAUGAAAUCACAGCCUUCAGGAAAGCCCAUUCAGGGGCUUACCCAAGCUCCUCAGACUGACCCGGUCAAGUUGCCUCUUCAAAGAGAUGCAGCCAGGCCUCAGACUAAACAAUCAGAUGCAGUGACAGGGGAAUCAGGUAAGCCCUCACUGCAGAGCCCAUCUAAACCACCUGUUCAGCAGGCAAGUCCUGGCAAACCUCCAGCUAAGCAGCCUGGACCAGAAAAAGUUGCAUUGCCGCAGCCUGGCCCUGCAAAAUCCCCAGCACAGCAACCAGGGCCAGCAAAACCCCCAGCCCAACCACCAGGAACUGCAAAACCCUCACCUCAGCCCCUCACAGCAAAGCUCCCAGCCCAGCCUCCAGGGACAGUGAAACCUGCAGCUCAGCAGCCCGGACCAAAGUCUCCAGCUCAGCCUCUUGGACCUGCAAAGCCUCAAGUUCAGCCGACUGUGACGGAGAAGCCUCCAUCGCAGCAGCCUGGCCCCAAGCCUCCAGCACAACCUCCAGUACCUGCAAAGUCUCCAGUUAAGCAGCCAGGACCAGCAAAGCUCCCAGGCCAGCAACCAGGAACUCCAAAGUCUCCAGCUCAUCAACCCGCUGCAGCAUCUCAGCCCUCUGGGCCUGCAAAGACACCUACUCAGCAGCCUGGUCCAGGGAAGAUUUCUCAGCAACCUGGCCCAACAAAAUCUCAACAGCCUGGCCCAGCAAAGCCAGCAACUCAACAACCUGGCCCACCAAAGCUGGCAACUCAGCAGCCUGGCCUAGCAAAGCCCACAGCUCAACAGCCUGGCCCAGCAAAGCCCACAGCUCAACAGCCUGACCCAUCAAAGCCUGCAGCUCAACAGCCAGGCCCAGCAAAGCCCUCACUUUUGCCUCAACAACCUGGCCCAGUGAAGCCAUCAGCUCAGCAGCCUGGCCCAGCAAAGCCCUCACCUCAACAGCCUGGCGCAGCAAAGACUUCAGCUCAACAACCUGGUCCAGCAAAGCCUUCAGUUCAACAGCCUGGUCUAGCAAAGCCCUCACCCCAACAGCCUGGCCCAGCAAAGCCUUUAGCUCAGCAACCUACAAAACCAGUCAGCCAAGCUGGAGUUGGGAAACCUGUGCAGCCACCAAUUUCUCCAUCUGCUGGACAGACUUCAGUACAAGGCCUCCCGAAAACCAUCUGUCCUCUUUGCAAUACCACUGAGCUUCUCCUGCAUGUUCCAGAAAAGGCCAAUUUUAACUCAUGCACUGAGUGUCAAACCACUGUCUGUAGCCUCUGUGGUUUUAAUCCUAACCCUCAUCUAACUGAGAUAAAAGAGUGGCUCUGUUUAAACUGUCAGAUGCAAAGGGCUUUAGGAGGUGAGCUGACUCCAAUUCCAUCAUCACCACAGCCUAAACCGAAGACUGCCUCUGCUGUUCCUACAGCAGCAGUGAGUAAACCAUCCACACAGUCACAGCAGAUUUCUCCAAAGAAGGAUGUUGCACCCAAACAGGAUAUCCCAAAGGCGCCUGAAUCUAAAAAGCCCCCUCCACUGGUGAAACAACCCACUCUUCAUGGUUCUCCUCCCGUCACAGCCAAGCAACCUCCAGUAGCUGACGCCUCAUCCAAGACCACUCCAUCCAAAGAGCCUCCUGGACCAUCUGAGCAGGCCAAAGGCCCCCCAGUUGAUGACAAACCAAAGCUGCCUAAGAUGGUAAAACCAUCAACAGAUGUUGUGUCAUCAUCCUCAACAACCACAAAACCUGACGUUCCAAGUUCAAAAAUACAGCCACAGGACCAAGAGAAAACUACUUUCCCUCUCAAAACAGAUUCUGCAAAGCCUUCUCAAAGUUUUCCACCAACAGGAGAGAAAGUUACCCCAGUGGAUUCUACAAUCAUACCACGACCUGCGUCAGAUUCAAAAAUUGUUUCACAGCCUGCACCUAGCUCAGAGAGCAAAGGUCAAAAGCAAGUUGAUCCAGUUCAAAAGAGAGAAGACCCUAAAAAAGCACAAACCAAAAUGAGUCCCAAGCCAGAUGGCAAGCCAGUGCCAAAAGGGUCAUCAGCAGCUCCAGGCCCACGACCCACUACUGGCCAAACUGCCCCUGCAUCUCAACCACCUCCGAAGCCCCAGGAGCAAUCAAGACGCUUUAGUCUGAAUCUGGGAAGUAUUACAGAUGCCCCGAAAUCCCAGCCCACGACUCCUUCAGAAAGUAUGACUGGGAAGCUCUUUGGGUUUGGAGCUUCAAUCUUUAGUCAAGCGUCAAAUCUUAUCUCCACUGCAGGCCAGCCUAGUUCACAUGCGCAAGGUGGACCGGGAGCCCCGACCAAACAGGUUCCAUCUCCUUCACAGCCACCAGCUUCUCAGGGGCCACCCAAACCUACAGGUCAGACCCCCGCAGCUCCUGCAAAUGUUGUACCUGUGAAAAAAGAAACAAAAGCUCCAGGAGCUGAAAAGUUAGAGUCUAAAGCUGAAAGAGUUCCACCCGUAAAAAAGACAGAGACAGAAAAGAAGCCUCCACUUAUUAAGGAUGCUAAGCCUUCCACGGCUGAGCCUCAAAAAGCUGUCCCUGCAUCCAAACUUGAGAAAGUCCCCAAACCAGAAUCUCUCUGUCCUCUCUGCAAAACUGAACUCAAUAUAGGUUCUAAGGAUCCUCCUAACUUCAAUGUUUGCACUGAAUGCAAGAAACAAGUGUGUAAUCUCUGUGGAUUUAACCCUACCCCACACCUGACUGAGAUACAAGAAUGGCUUUGCUUAAAUUGCCAAACCCAGAGAGCAAUGUCAGGACAGCUUGGAGACAUGGGGAAAAUGCUAUCUACACAGCCAGGACCAAAAGCAGCUCCUAUGCCUGUCUCAACAGAACAACCUUCUCAGAAAAUAACAACCCCUGCUCAAAUGAAAGUGAAAAAGAAGGAACAAGAAGUAAAAUUAGAUGCUGAGAAAACCAUACCAGAUAAAGGAAAAGAAACCACUUUGAUUGAAAAAAUUUCCCCUAAAGUAGCCACAGAUAAAAAACAAGAGAGUAAAGUAGAGAAAGAUAAGACUUCAGCACCUCAAGAAAAAAAGCCACUUCCAGAAGACAAAAAGUCACUCUCAGAAGAAAAAAAGCCACCACCCAUUGAAGAAAAAAAGCAAACUCAGCAAGAAAAGGCAGCCCCAAUUGAGGACAAAAAGCCACCAUCAGAGGAAAAAAAGGUACCUCCUCAAGAAAAAAAGCCAACUCCUAAAGACAAAAGGCCUCCUGUUGAAGAAAAAAAGGCACUGCCAGAAGAAAAAAUGGCAGCCUUUGAAGAAAAAAAGCCAGCUCCUAAAGACAAAAAGCCUCCCCUUGAUGACAAAAAGCCACCACAAGAGGAAAAGGGGGCCAUCCUUGAAGAGAAAAAGCCAACUCCUAAAGACAAAAAGCCUCUCCUUGAGGACAAAAAGUCUCUGCAAGAAGAAAAAGGGGCAAUCCUUGAAGAUAAAAAGCCAACACCAGAAGACAAAAUGCCUUCCUUUGAAGACAAAAUGCCACUGCCAGAAGAAAAGCGGGAAAUCCUUGAAGAUAAAAAACCAACCUCUAAAGACAAAACAACUGUACUUGAGGAUAAAAAGCUACCAUCAGGAGUCAAAAUCUCUGCUCUAGAGGAGGAGCAGAAACCUGAUUUACUGAAAACUCUAGUACAGACUGCCAAAGAAAUGCCUGAAGACAGAAUAUCUUCAAGGUCAGUGGAAGAAGCAGAACAACCCCCAACCAAGAUGGAAGAUGUACCCUCUGACUUGCCUCAGAUUUCCUCUAAGGAAGAUGAUGAGUCUAUUCAAAAAAUGAAAGAACAGCCUCAGGAAAUAUGUACAGCAAAGCCUGAACAGGUGGAAUCUGGGAAAGAAAAAGCAGAAAAGGAAGAUGACAAAUCAGACACCUCAAGUUCUCAGCAACCGAAAAGCCCACAAGGUCUGAGUGAUACUGGAUAUUCUUCUGAUGGGAUAUCAGGGUCUCUUGGAGAAAUUCCAAGUCUUAUUCCCAGUGAUGAAAAGGAUUUGCUCAAGGGACUCAAAAAAGACUCAUUCUCACAAGAAAGCAGCCCUUCAAGCCCCUCAGAUUUGGCUAAAUUAGAAAGUACUGUCCUGUCCAUUUUGGAAGCUCAAGCAAGUACACUUGAUGAAAAAGCUGAAAAGAAAACACAACCCCUUGAAGUUUCUCCUGAGCCCAAGGACCAGCAGAAACCCCAGAGUUUAUCUGAAACACCAAUAACUGUGACAUUGGAAGAGGAGCUCAAAAAGGGUCAAGAAGAAAAAGACUCUUUAAAAAAAGAUAGCCAGCAAGACGUUCCUUCCAAAAAGGAUCAUAAAGAGAAACCUGAACUUGUUGAGGACACACCUGUGAGAAGACAGCCUUAUGAUUCAGUUGAAGACAGUAGUGAAAGUGAAAACUCACCUGUUCCUCAGAGAAAACGGAGAUUGAGCAUUGGUUCCUCAAGCAGUGAUGAGUAUAAACAGGAAGAUAGUCAGGGCUCAGGUGAGGAGGAGGAGGACUUUAUUCGAAAACAGAUCAUAGAAAUGAGUGCUGAUGAAGAUGUUUCAGGUUCUGAUGAUGAUGAGUUCAUUAGGAACCAGCUGAAAGAGAUCAGUAGUAGCAUUGAGAGCCAGAAGAAGGAAGAAAUAAAAGGAAAAGGAAAAGCAUCAACAGGGAAACACAGAAGACUGACCCGAAAAAGUAGUACCAGCUUUGAUGAGGAUCCUGGGAGACGCCAUUCUUGGCAUGAUGAAGAUGAUGAGACUUUUGAUGAAAGCCCUGAACUUAAAUACAGAGAAACCAAGAGUCAGGAGAGUGAAGAGCUUGCGCUUACUGGAGUAGGAGGGCUCCGUAGAUUCAAAACGAUUGAACUUAACAGCACAAUAGCAGAUAAAUAUUCUUCUGAGUCCUCACAGAAAAAAUCAGCUUUGUAUUUUGAUGAAGAGCCAGAAUUAGAAAUGGAAAGCUUGACAGACUCUCCAGAAGAUAGGUCAAGGGGGGAAGGAUCUUCUAGUCUUCAUGCUUCUAGCUUCACUCCUGGCACCUCCCCUACAUCAGUAUCAUCACUUGAUGAGGACAGUGACAGUAGCCCUAGUCACAAAAAAGGAGAGAGCAAACAACAGCGCAAAGCGCGGCACAGAUCACAUGGCCCUCUUUUACCUACUAUUGAAGAUUCUUCUGAAGAGGAAGAAUUGAGAGAGGAGGAAGAAUUAUUGAAGGAACAAGAAAAGCAACGCGAAUUAGAACAGCAACAAAGAAAGAGUUCAAGUAAAAAAUCUAAGAAAGACAAAGAUGAACUUAGAGCUCAGAGAAGAAGGGAAAGACCGAAAACACCACCCAGUAACCUCUCUCCUAUUGAAGAUGCUUCACCAACGGAAGAAUUACGUCAGGCUGCAGAAAUGGAGGAGCUGCAUAGAUCUUCUUGUUCUGAAUAUUCACCUAGCAUAGAAUCCGACCCAGACGGUUUUGAAAUAAGCCCAGAAAAAAUAAUAGAAGUGCAAAAAGUGUAUAAAUUGCCUACAGCUGUGUCUUUAUACUCACCGACAGAUGAGCAGUCUAUUAUGCAGAAAGAAGGUGGUCAAAAGACAUUAAAAAGUGCUGAGGAGAUGUAUGAAGAAAUGAUGCAUAAGACCCAUAAAUAUAAAGCUUUUCCAGCUGCAAAUGAGCGAGAUGAAAUCUUUGAAAAGGAACCUUUGUAUGGUGGCAUGUUGAUAGAGGAUUAUAUUUAUGAAUCUUUAGUAGAGGACACAUACAAUGGUUCAGUAGAUGGCAGUCUGCUAGCAAGGCAAGAAGAUGAGAAUGGGUUUUUGCAGCAGAGAGGGAGAGAACAAAAAGUAGGACUUACAGAGCAGAUUUAUGAAGAUCCUAUGCAGAAAAUUACAGACCUCCAGAAAGAAUUCUAUGAGUUAGAAAGCUUACAUUCUAUUGUGCCUCAAGAAGACAUUGUUUCAAGCUCUUAUAUUAUUCCAGAAAGUCAUGAGAUAGUGGACCUGGGUAGUAUGCUAACCUCUACUGGUGAAGAAAAGCAAUUAUUAGAUGCUGAUGCUGCCUAUGAAGAACUCAUGAAAAGGCAACAGAUGCAGUUAUCAUCGGGUUCCAUUCCCACUCAGCCCCCCACCAGGGAUGAGGUGACAGAUUCCAUUAUGGACUUUGACAGGAUACCUGAUUCAUCUAUGACAUCAAGUAUUCUCUCCGGAGCAUCUCUUACAGAUUCAACUAGCAGUGCAACACUCUCAAUCCCAGAUGUGAAAAUAACCCAACAUUUUUCAACAGAAGAAAUUGAGGAUGAAUAUAUAACUGAUUACACGAGGGAAAUUCAAGAGAUAAUUUCUCAUGAGUCACUGAUUUUGACCUACUCUGAGCCUUCAGAAAGUGCUACGUCUGUCCCACCCUCUGACACACCUUCUCUCACCUCAUCAAUUUCUUCAGUCUGUACCACAGAUAGCUCCUCACCCAUCACUACGCUAGAUAGCAUAACCACAGUUUAUACAGAGCCAAUGGACAUAGUAACUAAAUUUGAAGAUUCUGAAGAAACAUAUUUCCAAGGCAGCAUUAUAGACUAUCCAGAAGAAAUAAGUAUGCCUUUAGAUAAGGCUUCCAGAGCAGAUAGUAGAAUUAGUGCUGAUCACAUUAUGGUUUCCAUAUCUGAUAUGACACCUUCUAUCACAGACUCGGUUGGAACUAAGCUUGAAGGACUAUUUGUUGACACUGUAUCUACUGGCCUAGCCAUAACUGACAAAGAACCAGUAAAGAAAUCCAAGAAAGAAUCAGGGAGUGGAAUUAUUCUGGAAGUUUUGGAAGCCUACAGAGAUAAAAGGGAGGAGCCUGCAGAUGAACUAACAAAACUAAGCUUAUCUGAAACUGUGUUUGACCAACUUGCUUCUUCUAUAACAGAUCUUCCCAUGCAGGAGCAGGUUCAAAGUACACACUAUGUAUCUGGAGAUAUCUUUGGUCAAGCAAAACCUGCAUCUCAGUUACCAUCUGGCACUCAUUCUGUUUCAUCUCUUCCAACUAAAACUCGUCCAUUCUUUCGAAGUUCUUCUUUGGAUAUUUCAGCCCAACCUCCUCCUCCCCCUCCUCCCCCUCCUCCACCUCCUCCUCCACCUCCUCCUCCGCCUCCCCCACCGCUUCCUCCACCAACCUCUCCUAAACCAACCAUUCUUCCUAAAAAGAGGUUACCAGUUACUGCUCCAGUGACUCUUACUACUACAGCUACACCUCGAGUUGAUGGUUUUCCUACUGUAGUGACCACAGCCGUUCCAAAAAGUAACGGGUUACCUGUAGCACCUGUAACAAAAAUAUGUACCACUGCACCUCCUCCUGUUCCUCCUAAGCCAUCUUCAAUUCCAUCUGGACUUGUAUUCACACAUAGACCGGAGCCAAGUAAACCUCCAAUUGCCCCUAAACCAGUAGUUCCUCCACUUCCAGUAAUGACUCAAAAACCAACAGAAAUGCACCCCAAACCAACAGAAACACAUCCCAAACCAACAGAAACACACCCCAAACCAACAGGUUUGCCUUUGGCUUCAAAUAUGACAUUAAAUUUGGUGACAACAGCAGAUUAUAAAUUGCCUUCCCCUACAUCCCCUCUCUCUCCCCAUUCUAACAAAUCCUCACCAAGAUAUUCCAAGUCUCUCAUGGAAACUUACGUGGUCAUCACAUUACCAUCUGAACCUGGGACUCCGACAGAUUCUUCAGCUACUCAGGCCAUUACCAGUUGGCCCCUGGGAUCACCUCCCAAAGACCUGAUAUCGAUUGAGUCAGUGUUUUCUGUAAUUCCUCCCGUGCCAACUACAGAAAUGUUAAGUGCUUCAGAACAGAGCCUUCAGAACAGAGCCUUGGAGACAUUUUCUGCUGUUCCUGUCACAACAAUGUCUUCAUUUCAAUCUACCCCAACUUCAUUUCCACAGUUUAUCACAACCGAAGCUUCCAAAGCUGAGGUUACGGCAGCCAGAGGUGUAGUGCCCAGUGUUGGUCUCAGCAGUGUCUCUAUAUCAAUUCCACCUGAGCCUUUUGUUCAAGAGAGUCAACAUCUAGAGAAACAGCAACCUAAAGAAAAUGGAAUGCUGCCUCUUGUUAGUGAUGCCAUUGAUUUGCGGACGGUGUCCAAACUAGAAGUUAAAGUAACAGAAAAAGGCUUGGAUCUUUCUGCUUCUGCAGUGGAUGUGAAGAGGCCGACCACAACAAGUGAAAUCUAUGGGCGACAUAUUAGUGCUGUUCAGCCCACUAUUAUCAAUCUCAGUACAACUUCAUCAGUUACAACUCCACUCUCCAUGGCUACUGAGACAGUGACCUUUGUCACAUACACACCUAGUGCAAGUUACACCACAAGCACAGAAAGCCUUGUGGGUGUAGAACAUACAACAGUAACGCCUCUCCAGCUUACAACUUCAGUUCAGGCCGAACCUCCGUAUAGGACACCGAGCAGUCAGGCUUUUCCCUCAGUUAGAGAGGAAGCACCAAUAAAUUUAUCUUUAGGCAUGUCAGCUGUUACAAAACCUGUUACUGUGCCUCCUGUUGGUAUCACAAAUGGUUGGACUGAUACCACCACAUCCCAGGGGGUCACUGAUGGGGAAGUAGUCGAUCUUAGUACAACAAAGUCCCAUAGAACUGUUGUAACGAUGGAUGAAUCUACUUCAGGUGUGGUGACCAAAAUAAUAGAAGAUGAUGAAAAACCUGUUGACCUGACCGCAGGAAGAAGAGCUGUGUGCUGUGAUGUGGUUUAUAAGCUACCUUUUGGGAGAAGUUGUACAUCCCAGCAGCCUGCAACUACUCUUCCUGAGGAUCGUUUUGGUUAUAGAGAUGACCACUAUCAAUAUGGUCGCUCAGGGCCAUAUGGUUAUAGAGGGAUUGGGGGAAUGAAACCUUCCAUGUCUGAUACUAAUUUAGCAGAAGCUGGACAUUUUCUCUAUAAAAGUAAGAAUGCCUUUGAUUAUUCUGGAGGAACUGAUGCAGCAGUAGAUCUAACUUCAGGGAAAAUUACUACAGGUGAGGUAAUGGAUUAUUCAAGCAAGACAACAGGUUCAUAUCCAGAAACACGGCAAGUCAUUUCAGGAGUUGGGAUUAGUACCCCACAGUAUUCCACAGCAAGAAUGACUCCACCUCCUGGAUCCCAGUAUGGUGUGGGGAGCGUGUUCAGGUCAACUAAUGGUGUUGUCUAUUCUUCAGUGGCAACUCCAGUACCCUCCACAUUUGCUAUCACCACACAACCUGGCUCUAUUUUCAGCACUACUGUGAGGGAUCUGUCUGGUGCACACACCACUGAUGCAGUGACUUCGUUAUCCACCCUCCAUCAAAGCCAGCCAAUGCCUAGAUCAUAUUUCCUAACAACAGGUGCAUCUGAAACAGACAUCACAGUAACUGGCAUUGAUAUCAAUGCCAGUUUGCAGACUAUUACAAUGGAAACUCUGACCGCUGAGACAAUAGACUCAGUUCCCACUUUAACCACAGCAUCUGAAGUGUUUUCUGAAGUGGUUGGAGAUGAAAGUGCUCUUUUAAUGGUCCCUGAGGAAGAUAAACAACAGCAGCAGCUAGACUUGGAGCGAGAGCUCUUGGAAUUGGAGAAAAUUAAGCAACAGCGUUUUGCUGAGGAAUUGGAGUGGGAGCGUCAGGAAAUACAAAGGUUCCGAGAACAAGAAAAGAUUAUGGUUCAAAAAAAACUGGAGGAGCUGCAGUCUAUGAAGCAGCACCUUCUCUAUCAGCAAGAAGAAGAAAGGCAAGCCCAGUUCAUGAUGAGACAGGAAACAUUAGCUCAGCAGCAGUUGCAGCUGGAACAGAUCCAACAGCUGCAGCAGCAGCUACACCAGCAGCUUGAGGAACAAAAGAUUCGCCAGAUCUACCAGUAUAACUAUGACCCUUCUGGGAAUGCUUCUCCACAAACCACAACAGAACAGGCAAUUAUGGAAGGUCAGUAUACUGCUCCAGAAGGUGGUCAGUUUUGGGCAACAGAAGAUGCAACCACCACAGCUUCUGCUGUUGUGGCAAUUGAAAUACCACAAAGCCAAGGGUGGUACACGGUUCAGUCUGAUGGCAUUACUCAGUACAUUGCCCCGCCUGGCAUUCUGAGUACUGUUUCAGAAAUACCUCUAACAGAUGUUGUGGUGAAAGAUGAAAAACAAGCCAAAAAGAGAAGUUCUGGGGCUAAAGUCCGAGGACAGUAUGAAGAGAUGGGGGAAAGCACAGCUGACGAUCCCCGCUCUUUUAAAAAAAUUGUGGACAGUGGUGUGCAGACUGAUGAUGAAGAUGCAGGUGAUCGCAACUAUGCAAGUAGGAGAAGAAAAAGCAAAAAAAGUGUCGAUACCAGUGUCCAAACUGAUGAUGAAGAUCAAGAUGAGUGGGACAUGCCUACUCGAGCAAGGAGAAAAGCGCGGGCAGGAAAGUAUGGUGACGGCACUUCGGAGGCUGACAAGACCAAGCCUCUUUCCAGAGUCUCCAGUAUAGCAGUUCAAACAGUAGCAGAGAUAUCUGUACAAACCGAACCUGUCGGAACCAUAAGAACACCUUCGAUACGAGCGCACGUGGAUGCCAAGGUAGAAAUAAUUAAACACAUUUCAGCACCUGAAAAGACCUACAAAGGGGGCAGUUUAGGAUGUCAAACAGAAGCAGAUUCAGACACACAAAGUCCUCAAUACCUGAGUGCCACAUCUCCACCCAAAGACAAGAAACGCCCAACACCUUUAGAAAUUGGGUACUCAUCUCACCUCCGGGCAGAUUCCACACUACAGCUGGCUCCUUCCCCACCCAAAUCUCCAAAAGUCCUUUACUCACCCAUCUCACCACUUUCACCAGGCAAAGCCUUAGAAUCAGCCUUUGUACCUUAUGAAAAACCCCUCCCUGAUGACAUAAGUCCACAGAAAGUGUUGCAUCCAGAUAUGGCUAAAGUUCCCCCAGCAAGUCCUAAGACAGCCAAGAUGAUGCAGCGGUCCAUGUCAGACCCCAAGCCUCUGAGUCCAACAGCAGAUGAAAGUUCCAGGGCUCCUUUCCAAUAUACCGAGGGCUACACGACAAAAGGUUCUCAAACCAUGACACCAUCGGGCACUCAGAAGAAAGUUAAAAGAACUCUUCCAAAUCCACCUCCUGAAGAGACCUCCACAGGAACUCAGUCAACCUAUAGCACAAUGGGCACAGCUUCCAGAAGAAGGAUUUGUAGAACCAACACCAUGGCACGAGCAAAAAUUCUCCAGGAUAUAGACAGAGAACUUGAUCUUGUGGAGAGAGAAUCAGCAAAGCUUAGAAAGAAACAGGCAGAACUUGAUGAAGAAGAAAAGGAGAUUGAUGCCAAAUUAAGGUACUUGGAAAUGGGGAUUAAUAGAAGAAAGGAAGCAUUACUAAAGGAGAGAGAAAAGAGAGAGCGAGCUUACCUCCAGGGAGUAGCUGAAGAUAGAGAUUAUAUGUCUGACAGUGAGGUGAGCAGCACAAGACCUACCCGAAUAGAAAGUCAGCAUGGCAUAGAGCGACCAAGAACGGCUCCUCAAACUGAAUUUAGCCAAUUCAUGCCACCACAAACACAAACAGAAGCUCAGCUAGUUCCUCCAACAAGUCCUUAUACUCAGUAUCAGUACUCUUCCCCUGCUCUUCCUACUCAAGCACCCACCCCAUAUACCCAGCAGUCCCAUUUUCAGCAACAAACUUUAUACCAUCAGCAAGUUUCACCUUAUCAAACUCAGCCAACAUUCCAAGCUGUGGCAACAAUGUCCUUUACACCUCAAGCUCAACCUACACCAACCCCACAACCAUCUUAUCAGUUACCAUCGCAGAUGAUGGUAAUACAGCAGAAGCCACGGCAAACUACAUUAUACUUGGAACCCAAGAUAACUUCAAACUAUGAGGUUAUCCGCAAUCAGCCAUUAAUGAUAGCACCUGUUUCCACUGAUACUACGUAUGCUGUUUCCCAUCUUGGCAGCAAGUAUAAUAGCUUAGACUUGAGAAUAGGAUUGGAGGAAAGAAGUAGCAUGGCAAGCAGCCCAAUAUCAAGCAUAUCUGCAGAUUCCUUUUAUGCAGAUAUUGACCACCAUACCCCACGAAAUUAUGUCUUAAUCGAUGACAUUGGAGAAAUUACCAAAGGGACAACAUCAUUAAGCACUACAUUUAGUCUUCAUGAGAAAGAUUUGACAAAGACAGACCGUCUCCUUCGAACCACUGAGGCACGUAGGUCUCAAGAUGUGACAGAUUUUCUAGCACCUUUACAGACUUCCUCCAGGUUGCAUAGUUAUGUGAAAGCCGAGGAAGAUCCAAUGGAGGAUCCUUACGAAUUAAAGCUUCUGAAACAGCAGAUUAAACAAGAGUUCCGUAGAGGAGCAGAGAGUUUAGAUCACCUGGCUGGACUCUCCCAUUAUUAUCAUGCUGAUACUAGUUAUAGACAUUUCCCCAAAUCUGAAAAAUAUAGCAUUAGUAGACUCACUCUAGAAAAACAAGCAGCAAAACAACUGCCAGCAGCCAUACUUUAUCAAAAGCAAUCGAAGCAUAAGAAAUCACUAAUUGACCCUAAAAUGUCCAAAUUUUCACCUAUUCAGGAAAGUAGAGACCUUGAACCUGACUAUACAAGCUAUAUGACUUCGAGCACAUCUUCUAUUGGUGGCAUUUCUUCCAGAGCAAGGCUACUUCAAGAUGAUAUCACAUUUGGCCUCAGAAAAAAUAUUACAGACCAACAGAAAUUCAUGGGCUCUUCUCUUGGUUCAGGACUGGGCACAUUAGGAAAUACUAUAAGAUCUGCUCUUCAGGAUGAAGCAGAUAAGCCAUACAGUAGUGGGAGUAGGUCAAGACCCUCUUCCAGACCUUCCUCUGUCUAUGGGCUUGAUUUAUCAAUUAAAAGAGAUUCAUCCAGCUCUUCCCUGAGACUCAAAGCUCAAGAGGCUGAAGCUUUAGAUGUUUCCUUUAGUCAUGCAUCAUCCAGCAGAACUAAGCCUACAAGUUUGCCAAUUAGCCAGAGCAGAGGGAGAAUACCAAUUGUGGCCCAGAAUUCUGAAGAAGAAAGUCCACUUAGUCCUGUUGGCCAACCAAUGGGAAUGGCAAGGGCUGCAGCUGGACCCCUGCCACCAAUAUCUGCAGAUACAAGAGAUCAGUUUGGAUCAAGUCAUUCAUUACCAGAAGUUCAGCAACACAUGAGAGAAGAAUCACGAACUCGAGGCUAUGACCGUGAUAUAGCAUUUAUCAUGGAUGACUUCCAACAUGCCAUGUCAGACAGUGAAGCCUAUCACUUGCGCCGUGAAGAAACGGAUUGGUUUGACAAACCCAGGGAAUCUCGUUUGGAUAGUGGACAUGGUCUGGAUCGAAAACUGCCUGAAAGAUUAGUCCACUCUAGACCACUUAGUCAACAUCAAGAACAAAUUAUACAGAUGAAUGGAAAGACUAUGCACUACAUUUUCCCUCAUGCAAGGAUAAAAAUAACAAGAGACUCUAAGGAUCAUACAGUUUCAGGUAAUGGAUUAGGAAUUAGAAUUGUGGGUGGUAAAGAAAUCCCUGGACAUAGUGGAGAAAUUGGAGCCUAUAUUGCCAAGAUUCUUCCUGGGGGAAGUGCAGAACAGACAGGGAAACUUAUGGAAGGGAUGCAAGUAUUGGAAUGGAAUGGAAUUCCUUUAACUUCUAAGACAUAUGAAGAAGUUCAGAGUAUCAUUAAUCAACAAAGUGGGGAAGCAGAAAUAUGUGUAAGACUGGACAUUAGUAUGCUAUCAGAUUCUGAAAAUCCCCAGCAUUUGGAACUUCAUGAACCACCCAAAGCUAUGGACAAAGCAAAAUCCCCUGGGGUUGAUCCUAAGCAGUUGGCUGCAGAGCUCCAGAAGGUUUCUCUACAGCAGUCACCACUAGUGAGGUCUUCAGUGGUUGAAAAGGGAUCACAUGGACAUUCAGGCCCUACCUCGGCAGGAUCCAGUUCUGUUCCCAGCCCUGGUCAACCAGGGUCUCCCUCAGUGAGCAAGAAGAAACACAGCAGCAGCAAGCCUACCGAUGCAGCAAAGGUUGUUUCUCAUCCAAUUACUGGAGAAAUUCAGCUUCAAAUCAACUAUGAUCUUGGAAAUCUUAUAAUACAUAUACUCCAAGCAAGAAACCUUGUUCCUAGAGACAACAAUGGUUAUUCUGAUCCUUUUGUUAAAGUCUAUCUUCUUCCUGGAAGAGGUCAAGUCAUGGUUGUCCAGAAUGCAAGUGCUGAAUAUAAGAGACGAACUAAGUAUGUUCAAAAAAGUCUUAAUCCUGAGUGGAACCAAACAGUCAUUUAUAAAAGUAUCUCCAUGGAACAGCUCAAGAAGAAAACACUGGAGGUUACGGUCUGGGAUUAUGAUCGAUUUUCUUCCAAUGACUUCCUUGGUGAGGUCUUGAUUGAUUUAUCUAGCACAUCUCAUCUUGAUAACACUCCUAGGUGGUAUCCUCUCAAAGAACAGAGUGAAAGCAUUGAUCAUGGAAAGUCCCAUUCCAGUCAAAGCAGUCAGCAGUCCCCAAAGCCAUCUGUCAUCAAAAGUAGAAGCCAUGGUAUCUUCCCUGACCCAUCCAAGGACAUGCAGGUUCCCACCAUUGAGAAAUCCCAUAGUAGUCCUGGUAGCUCGAAAUCCUCAUCCGAAGGCCACCUCCGCUCUCAUGGACCAUCUCGCAGUCAAAGCAAAACCAGCGUCACUCAGACCCACCUGGAAGAUGCAGGGGCUGCUAUAGCCGCUGCAGAGGCCGCAGUGCAACAACUCCGCCUUCAACCAACAAAGCCUUCCAAUCACCGGCCCGCAGAAAGCUCCGCACCCACAGGCUCCUCUGGCUGCAGUUUUGGCAGUGGAUAUAGUGUGGACAGUGAAGGAAGCAGCAGCACUGCAGGGGAGACUAAUCUAUUUCCUAUUCCAAGGAUAGGGAAGAUGGGGCAGAAUGGGCUAGAACCUGUGAAGCAGCCAGGAGUAGGCCUAGGACUGACUGACACUGAAGUUAAAACUCAGGUAAUGGGAGAAAUCAAGAUUGCACUAAAGAAGGAAAUGAAGACAGAUGGUGAACAACUAAUAGUUGAAAUUCUCCAAUGCAGAAAUAUUACCUACAAGUUUAAAUCCCCUGAUCACUUACCAGACUUAUAUGUGAAAAUAUAUGUGAUGAAUAUCUCUACCCAAAAGAAGGUGAUCAAGAAGAAAACAAGAGUAUGUAGACAUGAUCGAGAGCCUUCGUUCAAUGAAACUUUCAGAUUUAGUCUAAGUCCUGCAGGGCAUUCACUUCAGAUCUUACUUUUCUCCAAUGGAGGGAAGUUUAUGAAAAAGACUUUGAUUGGUGAAGCCUGUAUCUGGCUUGACAAAGUGGAUCUCAGAAAAAGAAUUGUCAACUGGCACAAACUUUUGAUGUGAACAGCAAUUUUAGAAUCCAUGUAUAAAAGCACAGCCGUAUCCUUUGAAAUAAUGUAGAUAAUACUAAGUCAAAAUGGAAUUAUGUUUAUUUAAAAAUAAAGCCAUAACUGGCUAACAAAAAUAUGUUGCCCCACAGACUAUUGGAGACAUGGUUGAAAACAUCAAAAUCUCUGUAACUUGCCUUUAAGACAACUUUAAUUUCUGUACAGAAAGACCUAGAUUACAUUUGUAUGUUCUAGGAAGCAUGAUAGUUUGUUCUUUGUGGAACUACAAAUAAAUUUGCUAUCCUGAAUAUUUAUUUUCUCUUUGUUGAUAUUCUAGCAGAGGGAAAGUUCUUCCUCUGGCAGAUAAGUCUUCCUAAUCUCGUGACACUGAUGAAAUUUUUAAAUGUUUAUUUUCUUCCAUAUUUUUUUCCUUAACACAUUAUCUGAUGCUGUAGUGAAACCAUGAUGCAAAUCUAAAGUUCUCUCUAGUGCUCUGUUUUCUUCCUUUAGUGACACUCUCAAUGAUUAAAUGCACCAAUGUUUCAAAAAUGUGAAAGGCAAACAUUAUCUCAAGGUUAAAAUAUACUUUGCACUACUUAAUACUAUAAAAUAAGUGUUUUAUAUAAGACAAAAGGGUGAAUGUCUAAGUCUUUAAAAUGAAGUAUCCUCUUCUCCGUUAAUGAUAACAAAAAUAACAAAAAAAAGUUACCUGAAGUUGUAGGAAACACUCAAGUAGGAUUAAAAAGCCUAAUUUCUUGUCUGGCUUUUGUCCCUGACUGUGUUACUUGUAUAUGUCAAUUAAAUUCGAUUUUCCUUAGUUGUCUUAUUUCCGGGAUAAAAUAAUUUUAUAUUUCUAGCCUUGCUAAUGGAAAUUUGGGAUGAUAUAUUAAAUGCUCUAUGAAAGAAAAUGAAAGCACAUUUAUAAUAUGGUUUAUGCACAUAACUGAGGAGUGAUUAUAAUAUAGCUAUUUAUUUCUCAAAUUUUAUAUAUAAAAAAGCAUCUACCAAGUAAAUGGUAAACACUGAUAUGAAUAAAAGCAACAUAUUUGCUCCAAAAUAAUAUAUUUCUUUAAGUUAUAAACUUUGACACAAUUAGUGCAAAGUGUGAGGUUAAAUGGAGGUGAUUUUCUAAUUGGAUUAUUAUAAAUUUGUUAAACAAAGUAAUUGAUCUUCAGUAUUCUCAUAUCCCUGCCAAAAUAAAUUUUCUCAGACCAUUCUCUGUUUAAAAGAUGCUUUUUAUUCAAGAACAGGGUUGUAGUUGGAUUAGAGAAAUUAUUUCCAAAUGCUUUGGUUGGAUAUUGAAUUUUCUUUUUUAAGAAAAGUGUAAUUUAAUUUGAUAGAAAAUUAUUAAAUGCAAAAAUUUUAAAAGAAAACAAUUUCUAACAAACCCCAUAGUACUUCUCUUAGUAUAUUUAUAAAGAAAUAUAAAUUUAUCUUAAGUCAAGAAAAUACAAGUCACUUCUUUUCCCUCUGUCGCUUAACCCCUUCUCCCUUAGUCAGUACUGCAAUGUCCUUUAGCAUUGCAAUUGCUCUAAAUGAGCAAGGGAGAGGGGAUUGCUAAAGAUUUAAGAAUGCUAAGAUUUUAUUUUUAGAGACAACUGAAUCUGCUGAUGGUUGCCAUGGAUAUUUCCAGCAGAAGUUAGCACCUUAGGAAGUUUAUAACCAUCACUUGUGACUAGGGAAGAAACGUGACAGGGAAGAUCUUUUCAUAAAGACUGUUAUCUGCCCUUCAAAGGGAACUCUGGCUCACCUUAAGCCCUCUUCCGCAGCCACUCACAUCCGGAGGUAUGCAAGAGAGGUUUUAAGACCAGGUUGCUGAAUUCAUUCCAUUUGGAGAUGCCACAAGAAUAAAGAUCAUACCUGGGUAGUUACUUGAACAGAGAGGAGACUUUCCUUUUUGAGUGACCUUCUGUUCUGAGAAACAUGAAGGGGCCAGUAGAUUAAGAGAGCUAAUGAUAGGGCUUCUUUUUGUGCACCAGCAUC